UGGAAAGGAGAAAAUGGGGUCGAAAAUGGUAAAUAAGAAGAAAAGCCCUAGAAAAACCUUUGAAAGUGAGGAAGAUGAUGAAGAAAAUCCUAAACAAGUAGUGUCUUCUAGUAUGGAGAAAUUACAUACGAAACCUUAGGAAGUCCCAUGAAAUGGAGAAAAUGGGAUCGAAUUCAGAGAAAUCAGAUAAAAAAGAGAAGAGAAAGCUUGGAGGUGGAUCCUCAAUAGCUAAAGAUAUUCUCGAUAAUUUGAGAUUAUCCGAAGAUGAAGUUGCAGAUGAAGAUUUUCAGUCACACCAUGAGCACGUUUCAAGGGGUGAAGAUGAAGAGGAAGAUGUACCCGAGGAGAGCGACUCAUUAGAAGACGAGAGUGAUUCAAGUGGAGAAGAUGAAGGUGAAGAUCUGGAAGUUGAAGAGAGUGAGACCUUGGAAGAUGAGAAUGAUUCGAGUGGAGAAGAUGAAGGUGAAGAUCUGAAAGCUGAAGAGAGUGACUCCUCGGAAGAUGAGGUCUCACCGAGGAAUACAAUAGGGAAUGUUCCUCUUGAAUGGUACAAGGAUGAGGGGCACAUAGGGUAUGAUAGAGAUGGGAAGAAGAUUAAAAAACAAGCUAGGAAGGAUAUGCUUGAUGCUUUUCUUGCUAGUACUGACGAUUCAAAGAACUGGCGAAAAAUAUAUGAUGAGUACAAUGAUGAAGAGAUAGAAUUGACAAAAGAUGAGAUUAAGAUUAUUCGCCAAUUGACAAGAGGGAAAACACCGCAUCUUGAAGUGAACCCAUAUGAGCUUUAUGUUGAUUGGUUCACCUGGGAUGGAAAAGGGCAUCCAUUAUCAAAUGCUCCAGAGCCAAAGCGGCGUUUUAUUCCUUCAAAAUGGGAACAUAAAAAGGUUGUUGAGUACAUCAGAAAAAUUCGGAAAGGGUUAAUAAAGUUUGAGAAAAAGAAGGAAGAGCCACGGUUUUAUAUGAUAUGGGAUAAUGAGUCUGCACCAAUGGAAAAAGCAUCACAAAGAUUAAGUCAUAUCCAGGCACCAAAACAAAACAUACCUGGCCAUGAUGAGUCAUAUAAUCCAUCUAUAGAAUAUAUUCCUAGUCAAGAAGAGAUCAAUUCUUACCAGUUGAUGUAUGAGGAAGAUCGUCCCAAGUUUAUCCCAAGACGAUACGAACGUUACAGAGUAGUUCCGGCUUAUGAGAAAUUGCUAAGGGAAUUUUUUGAUCGUUGCUUAGACUUAUAUUUGUGUCCUAGAACUCGGAAAAAACGGAUUAAUAUUGAUCCAGAGUCCUUGAAGCCCAAGCUUCCAAGCCCGAAAGAUCUCAGACCUUACCCUGUGACUUGUUUUCUCGAGUACCGAGGUCAUAGUAGUUUCGUUCUUUCAAUUUCCAUGGAAGCAUCAGGCCAAUGGAUUGCUUCUGGUUCAAGUGAUAGAACUGUGCGUGUUUGGGAGGUGGCAACUGGUAGGUGCCAUAGUGUUUGGGAGUUUGAUGAACCAGUCCAGCACGUUGCAUGGAAUCCAGCGCCUGAACUCCCGAUAUUAGCAGUUGUCAUGGGGCAAGAGGUGCUUCUUUUGAAUUUAGGGCUUGGAACUGCUGAGGAACAAGAAAAAGUUAAAGAACUAUUGCAUGUUGAAGUGCAUGCUGUUCCAGAUGAAACUGGUGACAACCAAUCUGUUGUGACUUGGUCGCAACAUGACAAGCAUGAUGGUAUCAAAUUGAAGCAUUUCAAGACUGUAUCUUUGGUUGCCUGGCAGUGUAAAGGAGAUUACUUCACAACAGUUGUACCAAGUGGUGAUUCAAGAGCAGUAAUGUUGCACCAGCUCUCGAAAAAACAAACACAUGUUCCAAUUAGGAAAUUUCAUGGACUCCCUGUUUCUGCCAUUUUCCAUCCUUCUCGUCCAACUUUCUUCAUUGCAACUAAGAGGGUUGUUCUUGUUUAUGAUCUUAAGAAAAUAAGGCUUCUUAAGAAGUUGCAAACUGGGCUACGUGAGAUAUCAUCCAUUGCAAUCCAUCCUGGAGGUGACAAUCUAAUCAUCGGGAGUAAAGAAGGAAAACUGUGUUGGUUUGAUUUGGAUCUUUCAUCACAAGCAUACAAAACAUUGAAGAAUCACUCGAAGGACAUUAUGAGUGUGGCCUUUCAUCGCUCUUAUCCUCUAUUUGCAUCAUGCUCUGAUGAUUGCACAGCCCACGUUUUUCAUGGUAUGGUUUACUCAGAUCUGAAUCAGAACCCUCUUAUUGUUCCACUAAAGAUUCUGCAAGGGCAUAAGAGCGUGGAUGGUCGAGGAGUUAUGGACUGCAAGUUCCAUCCCAAGCAGCCAUGGUUGUUUACAGCAGGAGCUGAUUCUGUUAUCAGGCUUUACUGCGACUAAAUUAUACAAGACACUUUGACAAUUGAGUGUGAAGCAGCAAAUUUGGCUGUCGGGAUUCACGUUCUGUUUCUUAUGUGUUUUCGGUGUGGUAUUAUGAGAGAGAGAGAGAGAGAGAGAGAG